AUGUCUACCUGCACAAAUGUUGAUAUUGCAGAAAUUUGUGGAUCACGCUCGAUGGGUUGGACUUUUCAACCAUCUGUAGGUGCUUCCGGUGGAAUCAUCAUAAUCUGGAAUCCUAUUAUAAUCAAAGUUAUCUCUUCAUUGGAGGGUGAAUAUUCACUUUCAGUUGAAUGUAGAUUUGUGGCUACUAACUUUCAUUGGUUCUUCACAGGAGUAUACGGUCCAACCAAGGUGUCUGAAAGAAAGUUUUUGUGGCGUGUACUACAUUACAUCAGAGGCCUAUGGGAAAUUCCUUGGGUUAUCGGGGGCGACUUUAAUGUCAUUCGGCGAAUUGAAGAAAGAAAUACUUCAAGAGGUAUUACUGAUAGCAUGAGAAAAUUCUCCCGGUUCAUCUCUAUUCAUGCUUUUAUCGACCCUCCUCUUAAAGGGUCCAAGUUCACUUUGUCGAAUUGCCAAGCAUCUCCAGUUCUGUCGCGAAUUGAUAGAUUUAUCUUCUCAACUGAUUUUGAAGCCAAGUUCCCAUUUGUCUCUCAAUUGGCUAAAACAAGGCCGACCUCGGAUCACAUCCCAAUUGUUUUGGACCUAGCUGAACCCUCAUGGGGACCAUCACCAUUUCGGCUAGAGAUUAUGUGGUUUAAUCACCCAUCUUUCCUGGAGAAUAUUAACGCUUGGUGGUCCUCCUUCACCUUUCACGGAUCAUCCAGUACCAUCUUUUGGAACAAGCUUCAAUCCUUAAAGCACAAAAUCAAGCUAUGGAACAAGACUGAAUUCGGUCUUCUGGAUCAUAAAAUUCAAGAGUGUCUUCACACUAUCAACACACUUGAUGGUAUUGAAGCUCAUAUGGGGUCCCUCCCAACAGAAAAAUUCAUUGAAAGAGCUGAAGCCAAAAUAAAAUUUGAAGAUGUUGCAGUUCAAAAGGAAAUCUCAAUGAAGCAAAAGUCUCGCAAUGAAUGGUUAAGAGCUGGUGACCGUAAUACCCCGGUUUUUCACAAGACAGCGUCCGAUAGAAGAAGAGCAAAUCGGAUUAAGAAGAUAUUCAUCGAUGGAGUACUUGUAACCGAUAAAGAUUCAAUUGUUGAUCAUAUCACAAAUUUAUACUCCAACUUAUUCUCUGAAGAGUUCCCUCACAAGCCAAGAAUUGGUGACGUACAUCUACAUCAAUUUCCCGAAGUAGAUGCAAUUAAUCUGGAAUCACCAAUCACGGAAAAUGAGAUCUUACAUUCCUUAAAAAGCUUGGUAAAUGAUAAGGCCCAGGCCCGGACGGUUUCCCUAUAA